AUGAAAUUCAUAUUUUUAAUAAUAUUAAUUAUUAGUAUCUUUAUUAUAGAUAUUAAUUGUUUAAAUAAAUCAAUUUCAGAAAAGAAAUAUUAUUUUAUAAAACCAAAUAAAGAUAACCUUGGAAAUAGUAUAAAUAAUAGUAAUAGUGGUUAUAUUUUAAAUUUAAUAAAUACUCAAAUUGAUAAUACAAUUCAAGGAGAAAAAACAUUAAUUUCAAAUGUAGAAAUUCCAAAAAAGUCAAAACUUAAUUUAUCAAUUAUAACAGAUUUAAAAAAUAAUAAACUUGAAGGUAGUAGUCAAGAAGGACAAUCAUUCCCAACUGAAUUUGAAAGUAAAGUUAUAGUUUCUGGUGAAUUUAAAGAUGAAGAUUCAAAAGAUUUUAUAGUUUCAGAUAUUUAUCAUCUAAUGGGAUUAAAAGAUACAAACACUGCAAAUCCAAAAACAAUCAAAGUUAAAGAAUAUUAUUAUUUUAUGAGUCCAUCACCUUUAAUUUGUAAUUCAAUGAUAAAUUGUUCAAAUAUUAUUAUUGAUAAAGUUAAUAGCAAUGAACCAUUUGGAUUUUUAGAAAAAUUUAAUGAACCUUAUUCAAAAUCAAUGUCAUUAUUAGAUUUAAAUUGGUUCAAUUCAAGAUUAGUUACAAAUGAUAAUAAUUAUAAUUCAAUUGUCAAAGGUUAUCAAUAUGGUUCAAAUGAAUUAAUUAUUUCAAAAGUAUAUAUUAAUACUUUAGAUCCAAUUGAUGGAUGUGGUACCUCUUCAUCAUCAACUUCUCAACAAAAACAACCAAAAUGUAGAUUUGGUAAAAUUGCAACAUAUACAAGAGAUUUAAACCGAUGCCCAGUAUUUGAUAAAUGUGUUAAAAAAUCCCCAUGUCAUUUAGGUAGACCCAAUUGUAAUCAAGGUUAUAAACUUAGUUCUUUACCAUUUGGUGAAAAAGGUUGUCCAAAAUAUUAUUGUGAUCCAGAAUUUCUUCCAAUUACAAAUAAAAAAUUUUAA